UUUUUUAAAUUAAUCACCAAAUACUACAUCACCAGGAUUUUCUAUCUUAAUCUUUUAGGAGUGUUAAAAUUCUACAAUAUACCCUAAGAUCUGUGAUCAAAUUUGAGUUAAUUUUUGUGAAAGGUGUACAGUUUGUAGAUUUGUUUUUUUUGUAUGCUCAUGUCCAGUUUUUUUUUACAUUAUUUGUUGAAAAGACUGUUUCCCAUGGAGUUAACUUUGGUUCUUUGUCAAAGGUGAGUUCACUGUAUUUGUGUAGAUCUACAGAAAAGCAGUUGCCUUUUCUAUACUAACUUUUUAUCUUUUAGUUUUUCUCUUCUCAGUUCAUGGGGUUUUCUUUGUUAUUUGGAAUUUUUUGACAUUUUCUCAAUUGACAAUCUUGUCAUAUGACACAAAGACAGUUUUAUUUCUUGCUUCUCCAAAUGUAUGCCUAUUAUUUUUUGUUAUUUACCUUUUAUUCCCCUUGUCUGAAUGCAUCAGCUAGGAAUCCCGGUACAAGAUUGUCUAAGUGUAGUGAGAGAGGACAUUCUUGCCUUUGUUCUGAGGUUACCGGAAAGCAUGUAGUUCUUUUCAGGUGGUACACUUAUAUUAAACAAGAUCCCAGUUGAUGUAGAGGCACAUGGGGUCAGUGGGGAAACAUUCUCUUACCUCAGGGAUUUGCUCUCAGUCUUUCAGGGAGCCUUUGUCCCUGGGCUUGACCUACUGUGAUACAAUGAGAAAGAUGUGUUGUAAGUGUCCUCGGUUCCUAGCAAAAGCUCUUGAAGCCCUUGAGAUUACUUGAGUGUUAAUGGUGAAAGAAUGUGUGUGUUUUUAAAUUUUUUUUCUAAUGUUUAUUUUUGAGAGAGAGAGACAGACAGACAGACAGUGUGUGAGCCACGAAGGGGCACAGAGAGAGAGGGAAACACAGAAUCCAGCUCAGGCUCCAGGCUCUGAGCUGUCAGCACAGAGCCCGACGCGGGGCUCGAACCCACCAACUGGGAGGUCAUGACCUGAGCCGAAGUCUGGCACUCAACUGACUGAGCCACCCAGGCGCCCCAGAAUGUGUUUUGUUUAGUGAGGUUUUAUGGUGGGGUUUUGGACACCUGAAAUAGCCAACUUUGAUUAAAACUUUAGAAAGUUGGGCUGCAGGUCCCAGCUUCUGGGUAUAGGAUAGGGGCUAGAGGCUGAGUUAAUUACCAGUGUCCAGUGAUUUAAUAAAUUGAAUCCAUGUAAUGAAACCUCCAUCAAAAUUCUUAGAAACAGGAUUCUGACGGUUUCUGUGUUGGUGAAUCAAUCCAGGUGCUGGAAGGUUGGCAUGUCCAUAGUGGGGGUGGGAGCUUUGGAUGCCCCACCCCCCAUCUCCGUUCCCCUUACCAUUGCCUUAACUUGUCCUAUGUAUUGCACCUUUUGCCUGUUCCUUAUUUGUAUGAUUUAUAGUAAACUGGUAAUGGUAAAUAAAGCAUUUUGCUAAGCUCCUCAAAAUCAUUUCAGUAAAUUACCAAACAGGUCAGAGUGUGGAGGGAAUCUGUGAAUUUGUAGUAGCCUGUAGAAAUAGUAAACUGGACUUCCCAUUUAUAGCUUGUAUCUCAAAUAGGGACAGUGUGUGGGACUGCCUUUUUAAACUAUGAGUCUGACUUAAACUCUGGGUAAUUUGUGUUAGAAUUGGACACCUUUUUAGUGACAUAGAAUUGGAGAAGUGGCUUUGGAACAGGUACCACAUAUUUGGUUUCAGGAGUGAGAGAACCCUAUCAUCUGCCCCACCUUUGGAGCAGAAAGGAAAGAAAUACCUUUGUCCCCCCCGGUCACUUAGGCUCUGGGAGUCAUAUGGAACUUCUUAUAAAUUGAGUAUAGGUCUUCAGGGGUCUGUCUCAUCCAUCCUAUGUACAUAUAUGGGAUUAUUUAGGACUCGGUGGCCUUUGAGGAUGUGACUGUGAAGUUCACCAUGGAGGAGUGGGCCCUCCUGGAUCCAUCCCAGAAGAAACUCUACAGAGAUGUGAUGCAGGAAACCUUCAGGAACCUGGCCUCAAUAGUAUGUAUUUCAGAAGAAAAAUGGGAAGUCUAUGACAGCGAAGAUCGGGAUGAGAAUCAUGGGACACAUCUAAUCAGUCAAAUGGUAGGAAGACUCUGUAAAUGUAAAGAAUGUAGCCAGUAUGAAGGACUCUUCGGCCAGAUUCCAAAUCGGAAUCCGAAGAAGAGAACUCCUACUGGAAUAAAACUAGGUAAAUGCCCUUUGUGUGGACAGGCGUUCAUGCAUCAUUCAUCUUUUAACAAGCACCUGAGAUCUCACGCUGGACACAAACUAUAUGAGUAUCAAGAAGGUGAAGAGAAGCCUUAUAAAUGUAAGCGUUGUGGGAAAUCCUUCAAGCAUCGCCAAUCUAUUCGAAUGCACGAAAGGUCGCACAGUGGACAGAGGCCCUAUGAAUGUAAGCACUGUGGGAAAGCUUUCAUUUGUCGCAAUUACUUUCAAAUUCAUCAAAGGGCACACAGUGGGGAAAAGCCCUACAAAUGUACAGAAUGUGGUAAAAGCUUUAGUUAUUCAAGUAACUUACGUAAACACGAAAGGACUCACGUUGGAGAGGAAUCUAGUGAAUGUAAGCAAUGUGGUAAAGCUUUCAGUUGUGUCAGGUCCUUUCGAAUACACGAAAGGAUACACAGUGCGAAAAAGCCCAAGGAAUGUACAAAAUGUGGUAAAACCUUCAGUUACUCAAGUAAUUUACAUAAGCAUGAGAGAAGUCAUAAUGGGGAGAAACUCUAUGAACGUAAGGAAGGUGGGAAAGCCUUGCAUUCCCUCACCAAAUUUCGAAGACCCGCGAUCAAGCACAAUGGAGACGGACUUUAUAAAUGUAAGGAGUGUGGGAAAGCCUUCAGGUGUCCCAAAAACUGUCGUAGUCAUGAAAUGACACACAGCGGAGUAAAGCCGUAUGAAUGUAAGGAAUGUGGUAAAGCUUUCAGCUCUCCCAGGUCCCUUGGAAAACACAGAAGAAUUCAUACUGCAACAAAGCCUCACGAAUGUAAGGAAUGUGGUAAGGCUUUUCGUUAUCCCAGUUCCCUUCGAAAUCAUGAAAGAACUCAUACGGGGGAGAAACCUUAUAAGUGUAAGGAAUGUGGGAAAGCUUUUAGUUGUCCCAAUUAUUUUCGAAUUCAUGAAAGAACUCACACUGGAGUAAAACCAUAUGAAUGUAAGCAGUGUGGAAGAGCUUUCAGCUGUCCCCAGUCCUUUCGGAUACACGAAAAGACGCAUAGCGCAGAAAAGCCCUACGAAUGUGCAAAAUGCGGUAAAGUCUUCAGGUACUCCAGUAACUUACGCAAACAUGAGAGAUCUCAUACCGAUGAUAAACGCUAUGAAUGUAAACUAUGCGGUAAGGCCUUCAGCAGUCACUACUAUGUUCAAAAACAUGAAAGAACUCACACUGGAGAAAAACCCUAUGAAUGUAAGGAAUGUGGGAAAGGCUUCAUUUUUCGCUCAGGUGUUCGAUCGCACAUGGUAAUCCACACUGGAGAUGGGCCUUAUAAAUGUAAGAAAUGUAAAAAAGCGUUUAUUUCUCCCAGUUCAUUACGAACACAUGAAAGAACUCACACUGGAGAGAAACCUUAUCAAUGUAAAACUUGUAGUAAAACCUUCAGUCUUACAAAUUCCUUACGAAAUCAUGAAAGAACUCAUACAUGAGAGAAAUGUAUGUGGUAAAGCUUUUUCCUAUUUUCCUAUGAAAAUAAGGAAUGUGAGAAAGCAAAAGAUUUGUUGCAUAAUCUUUCAUGGACACGUAAGAAUGCACACUGGAGAGGAAUUGUAGAAAUGUACAGAACGCAAGAAAGCCUUCAGUUGUCCUGUUUCCUUCAGAACUUACCAAAAGUCACAGUGGAGAGAAUUCUAUUGGUAAUAAACAAUGUGGGAAACCUUCACUUGCCCGCCAUCACUAAACAUCUCAUUCCCCAGAUUCGUCCUGUAUAACUAAAAAAUAAAAACUUUGUAAUUUUUGCAGAUA